AUGCGACUGCUGCUCCCGGGCGUGCUGCUCAGCCUGCUGGCUCUGAGUGGCACGGCAGUAGCCAAAGACACACCCGACCUUGAAGAAACCAAAUUUGAUACCCAGCCGGCGAAUGUUCUGUACUUUGAAGACAGCGAUGUCAUUCUCACGACCAAUCCAGAUACCAAGGUCACCUAUCGAUCUCCCGAUGGCGGCAAGACCUGGAAGCCGCUGGACGGCGUGGAGAAGGGAGAAAUAAUGGAAGUGCUGAAGCAUCCCUACGACCACAAGCUUGCAGUGGUAUUGGGCAGUAAAAAGAAGCAUUGGAUAACGAGAGAUCGUGGCGAAACAUGGAAACAAUUCGAGACCGAUGAAAGUCCAUCGCGGAUGCGCCCGGGCAUUGUCUUCCAUGCUACCGAUCCAGAUCGCAUGAUAUUCCAGGGUGGAAAUUGUCUGGGACUAUUAUGUGAAGAUUUCAUUUACUACACGACUGAUGGAUUCAAAACCAAGCCGAAGCUACUGGAUAAGGAUGUCAUAACAUGCUUAUGGUCGAAGUCGACGCCCUUGUUCACCACUGGAGACGAAGAGAAGGACAAGAACUCCAUAAUUUGCGUGGCACCAGGGAAAUUCUCGUUGUUCUCGUCCAACAACCGAGUAAUCAUUACCGAGGAUUUUUUCAAGACGGACGGGCGAGAACCAAAGAUGAGUGAUGGCAAAACAGUGGAAGGCAUCACUAAUCUGGCUUCGGUCAAGAAGUACCUGGUGUUUGCCGCGAAGAGUGAAAGGACAACGGAGAUGGCAAUGUACGUUUCAGACGAUACAGUGACAUGGCAUCGAGCCGAAUUCGGCGAACACAGGCUUGAAGAGGACGCGUACACUUUGCUGGAGAGUACAAACUACAGCAUGCAGGUCGACGUUAUGACAACCAAGGCGCAGAAUCCGAUGGGUGUUCUUCUCACGUCCAACAGCAACGGUACUUUCUUCACGAAAAACAUCGAGCAUACCAACCGAAACGUCAGGGGGUACGUAGACUUCGAGAAGAUUUCCAACAUACAAGGAAUCGUUCUCGUCAAUACAGUUGACAACUGGGAGGAGGUUGAGGCAAAGUGGAGCGUAGAGAAGAAAGUGGUCUCACAAAUCUCAUUCGACGAUGGCAGGACUUGGCAGGAUCUGAAGGCGGACGGCAAGAAGCUUCACCUUCACUCCAUCACGAACCAGCGCAACAUGGGACGCGUUUUCAGCAGCCCGGCACCUGGCAUCGUUAUGGGCGUUGGAAACACUGGCAACUACCUCAAUCCGUACGAUGAAGGCGACACCUAUAUAUCCGACGAUGCCGGUGUUACCUGGCAGAAGGCUUUAGAUAAGCCUCAUCUUUACGAGUUCGGUGCUCAAGGUUCUGUCAUAGUUGCUGUUGAGGAUGGCGAGACCAAGAAACUCAAGUGGUCGCUGGAUCAUGGCAAGAAGUGGGAGGAAAUGGAGCUGAAGGACAAGAUAAAACCUUACACCCUGACCACAACGCCGGACUCUACCUCUCUAAAGUUCUUGAUGCUCGCUACCAAGAGGGUGGACUCCAAGACUGAGCACUUCACGUAUGCGCUUGACUUCAAUGGUUUGCAUGAAAGCACAUGCAAAAAGGACGACCUUGAGAAAUGGCCUGCUCGCGUUGACAGUGAUGGAAAAGCCACGUGCAUCAUGGGCCACAAACAGUUUUUCACGCGCAGGAAAGCCGAUGCCAAGUGUUUGGUAGAGAACAAAGACUUUGAGGAUCCAGAAGAAGACCGAGAAAAUUGCAAAUGCAGCAGAGAGGACUUUGAGUGUGAUUACAACUUCAAGCGAGAGGAUGGCAAGUGCGUGCAGAGCGGCCCAAUCGUUGCUCCAGAAGGAGCCUGUAGUGGCGACAAGAAGAAGUUCAUGGGUACUUCCGGAUACAGGCUGAUUCCUGGAAACACCUGCUCAGGUGGUGAGAAUUUGGCAGAAGAAGUCGAAAGGGACUGCACCGAUACCAAAACUCCUCCAACCUCUGGUGAAAUCGCAACCGAGAUCACCACCUUUGACGCCGACAAAGUCAUUGAAUACUACUAUCUCGAGCGGGAAGAGAGUGAUUCGGGACACGACGAAUCGAUCAUCAUGCGAACUGACCGGCGCGAGGUGUACGUGACACAUGAUCAUGGGAAGAAAUGGGAGCGUAUCAUGAAGGACGAGGAGAUUCUGGCGGUCUAUCCUCAUCAGUACAUGACCUCCUACGUCUACCUCAUCACAGCAGGAAAAGACGUGCAUUAUUCGACGAAUCGUGCGCAAAGCUGGGGCAAGUUCCAGGCUCCCGAGGCACCGAACCACAACGAUAUUCAAGUGCUGACAUUCCACCCCACGCAAAAAGACUGGCUGAUCUGGACCGGUGGCAAAGAUUGCGAUACCCACAAGCAAAAUUGUAAGACUAUUGCGCAAGUCUCCAAAUCAGGCGGCGAAGAUUGGGAAACCUUGUUACGAGCUGUCCGGAAAUGCCAGUUUGUCUAUCGUGAAGGACGACAGAACUCGGAUCAGUUGGUGUACUGCGAACAAUACGAGAAUGAGAAUAGAGACUCUUCUCUGCUACUAAUGAGCAGCACCGACUGGUUCGACCACAAGAAGGAGUUGAAGCGUGAUGUCAUCAGCUUCGCUACUAUGGCAGAGUUCAUCGUCGUUGCGAUCCGCGAUGACCAGCAAAAGACACUACGAGUGGAUGCAAGCAUAGAUGGUGUCACCUUCGCCGACGCUCAUUUCCCGCCGAACUUCAAUGUGGAGCACCAACAGGCAUACACUGUCUUGGAUUCCAGCACUCACGCUGUCUUCUUGCACGUCACUGUCAACCCCAAGGAAGACCAGGAGUAUGGCGCAAUCGUGAAGUCGAACAGCAAUGGUACAUCUUAUGUGAUGUCUGCGUCUGAAGUCAACCGCAACCGCGCUGGCUACGUGGACUUUGAGAAAAUGCAAGGCCUGGAAGGCGUUGCCAUCAUCAAUCGUGUGGCUAAUGCACACGACGCCGAUAAAGGCAAGGCAAAGAAGCUCAGGACGUACAUGACUCACAACGAUGGUGGCGACUGGGCAUUGAUCGGGCGUCCAAGAGAACCUCCAAAGGAUAUGGACGUCAAGUUUGGCUGCUCAGGAAGCAACGUUGAGGAGUGCAGCCUCCACUUGCAUGGCUACACUGAGCGCAAGGAUCCUCGUGAUACCUAUAGCUCUCCAAGCGCUGUCGGUCUGAUGAUUGGUACUGGGAACGUCGGCGAGUACCUGGAGUAUAAGAAGGACGCCGAUACGUUCAUCACUCGAGACGGUGGUCUGAGCUGGGAGGUCAUUGCCAAAGGUAAUUGGAUGUGGGAGUACGGCGACCAAGGAUCGAUCAUCGUCAUUGUCAAAGAGAACGAGGUCACUGACCGCGUCCGAUACUCGCUCGACGAAGGCCAAACCUGGAAAGAAUACCGAUUUGGCAAGGAAAUGACAGUGACUGACAUCUCCACUGUGCCCAGUGAUACGAGCAGAAACUUCUUGCUUUGGGGCCGAAUUGGUAACAAGGUUGCAACCGUCAAUCUCGACUUCUCUGGCCUCAAGGAGCGAAGCAGGCAGUGCAAGAUCGAUGAGGACAACCCCUCAAGCAAAGACCAAGACUACCAUCUCUGGUCACCAUCUCACCCCAUGUCCGAAGACAACUGUCUCUUCGGCCACGUCGCUGAAUACCACCGCAAGAACCUAGACAGCGACUGCUACAACGGCCGUGAGAUCAAGCAUCUCCACAACAUCGCAAAGAACUGCUCGUGCACUCGGGAAGACUUUGAAUGCGACUACAACUACCAGCGCGACUCCACGGGCGCUUGCCGUCUGGUCGAAGGUUUGGAUCCCCCAGAUCCGAAAGCCGUCUGCGAGAAAGACAAGGACGCCAUCGAAUACUUUGACAUCACAGGAUACCGUCGCAUCCCGCUCACAACUUGCCAAGGUGGUAAAGAACUCGACUACACCUCCAACGUCAAGCCUUGUCCGGGCAAGGAAGGCGACUUCGAGAAGAAGCAUGCCAUUUCAGGUGCUGGCCUCUUCUUCGCAAUCGCAAUUCCUAUCGCUGCGGCGGCCGGUGUGGGAUACUGGGUCUACAAAAACUGGGAUGGCAAGUUUGGUCGGAUCCGACUUGGAGACAGCGUUGGAGGAUAUGGCGGAGGUGCAUUUGAUGGAGAACAACCUUGGAUCAAGUAUCCCGUCAUGGCAAUCUCUGCUUUAGUGGCCGUUGUUGCCGCACUGCCUAUGUUGGUCGGCAGUGUUUGGAGAGCGGUAUCUACAAGAAUGGGCAGGAGCAGUGGAAGCUAUGCUCGCGUUGGAACACCAUACACAAGCCGAAGCAGCUUCUCCCGAGGUCGCGCAGAUUAUUCUGUUGGUGUGGACGAAGACGAAGGGGAAUUACUGGGCGAAGACAGUGAUGAGGACGUAUGAGUUGCGGUCGCGAAAAUACAAGCACAAUCAGAUUGUAUGUUAGGAUAGAUAUAUGUCCCUUUACUGUGCAUUUUCCAAGCG